UUCGGCAGUGAGUCCCACGUGGCGCCGCUCCGACCUCGCUGAACCGCGGAGCUCGGGAGCUGUAGCUUCGCCCCAGGCAGGCCGGGCGGAGUGGUGGUGGGUGGGCUUCUCCCUCUUGCCCGCGCGGCGCCCACCCAGCUCCCCUGCUUUAUUAUGGAUUGACCCGCGCGCCUGGGUCCUCACGUCAACGCAGAGCGUCGGCGUCCCCGGGAGGCCCCCGUGCCGGCCAGACUCGUAGCUGACGCCGCUGAAGGGCCGGGGCUGGGUCCGGACCCCCCGGGCCCGCCGCCCUCCGCUGCCGGCACUCCUCUCUGCAGCCCUCUGCCCUCGCCUCGGAGGGACCGGGAGCGGGCAUGGCGGGCAGCUGCCCAGCCGCCGGGCCCCACGGCCUGCUGACCUUUGGGGACGUGGCUGUGCACUUCAGCCAGGAAGAAGGAGCACGUCUGGACCCGGGGCAGAGGGCCCUGUAUAGAGACGUGAUGCUGGAGACUUACAGGAACCUGGCCUCUCUGGGAGUUCCAGGAUCCAAACCAGAUCUGAUCUCCCAGCUGGAGCAAGGAAAGGAGCCCUGGGGCUCGGACCUGCUGCGGGCCCAGGAAGGAGAGACCGCGGGAGACCCCAGCACAGAUUACAGCCGGGGGUCUUUGUGUAAGCAGGUGAUGGCAAGGGUGAAAAUGACUCAAGCCUCAGAGCCUCCAGGAGCAUCUGGAAGCUUCUCAGGGGGUGCGCCUCCAACACUGGUCUGCAGAGAAGCCGCCGGGCACGAGGGCAGGCUAGGGAGCCUUGAGAACUUCCUUUUCCAGGAGAGACAACCACACAGAACCUACUGGACCACCUCCAAAGCAGAAGGUGCCCAGAAAGGCGGUAAGUGCGGACCCGAAGUUUUCUGCAGCCCGCUCCCCGGGACCCAGGAGAGAAACACGAAACGGCAGCGAGCCCACACGUGCGAAACCUGCGCCAAGAGCUUCCGGUACCUCUCGCGCCUGGUGAGACACCGGGCCACACACAGCGGCGAGAAGCCGCACGCGUGCGGGGAGUGCGGCCGCGCGUUCCGCCAGCGCUCGCACUUGGCGCAGCACCGCAGCGCGCACGCGGGCCAGAAACCGCACACCUGCGGGGAGUGCGGCCGCGCGUUCACACGGCUCUCCACGCUGCACCGCCACCAGCGCGUCCACAGCGGCGAGAAGCCCUUCGGGUGCCAGUGGUGCGGGAAGCCCUUCAGUUACAGCACCCUCCUCGCCCAGCACCAGCGGAUCCACACCCAAGAGAGGCCGUUCCGGUGCACGAGGUGCGGGAAGAGCUUCAUCUGGAAGUCCAGCUUUCGGAAUCACCAGAAAUCACACCUGUGCAGCGAGGCAGCGUGGACCUCUGUAAGCUCAGCUCUGGAAGCAGCCGCUGGAGGGGAGAACUUGGGACUCGCUGCUACUCCAAGGAGCACCCCGGAAGGAUGUUCCCGGGCACGUGGAGCAGUGCCAGAGCGAGACCAGCACGAGGGGCCGGAUUGUUUCUCCACCCGCGAUCAACUUGUGCAUUUCGGGCCCUUCCCACGACAGGGGGGUGGCCCAGGCCUGCCUGCCCCGGCGGGCACCACCCCGGUAGCCUGCUGGAUUCCGCAUGGCUGUGGCACUUCUUGGACAAAUUGAUGGUUUGAAAGUCACUAUUUUCAAGUGCAUCCAGAUUUUAUUUUUAAAACUUAAAACGUAGGUCUCUGUCUCUAUUUGCAUCAUAGGUGGGUUCCAAACGCCUUUGAAAUCCAGAUGGGCUGCAGAGCUUUUGGAUAAUCAAUCUUUCAUCACACAGUAGCCCUGAGCACCUGGCGAAGGGCAUGGGUAGGUCACAUAACUCCAGUCAUUGUUUGGUUUUGGCUUGUUGUGUUCGGAUGCUGAUUUGUUGCAGGAGGGUGUGACUGGUCCAUCUAGGGCAGCUCAGCCCUUGCGCUGCUGGCGCCGUGGCUUUACUCGCUCAGCUUCACUUUCCUGUACGCGCACUCUUUGCUCGUGUCAGGCCAUGUGAAACACUGAGCGUGCCUGUCAUUUGAACUGUCCUUUUUUCCCAGCCAGUUCUUCCAUACAGAAUAGGUUUGCAUAGUAUGAAUGUUUUGUAUACGAUAAUAACGUUAAAAACUAUUAAAACACAUGGUGGAAAUAUGAGACAACAGGUAUAAAAGAAGC